CCAAGGCCAGAGUAUUAAAUUUUUACUUUUUCUACUUUAGCUCACAGCUGAGGUAAUAAGUAGUCUUGAGGUCCCUUUCUCCUACAGUGCUGGGGAAAAUUUUCCAAAUGAGAGUCAAAAGGUCCUUUUCAGAUACAUCCAGACAAGAUUUUGUUAGAAAUAAAAUUACUUGGGCUCUCUGGUGGAUGGGUUCUAGGCUAACAUCUCCACCUGACACCAGAGGCCCUGCAGUGCAUUGUGCCUGCCGCACCUUGCGCCUCUUUUGCAGCGGGUCAACCACCUACCCCGCAGCGUGCCCACCUGCACGCGGGGGCGGGGCGGACAGGCAGAGGCGCAGGCGCAGUGCCCCACAGCCUGCUUCUGGCCUCUCACCUGCCGGGCCUCACACCUGCUGGGCAUCAUACCUGCGAUGCCUGCACGAGCUGGGUGCGGUCUGCGCAGCUGCAUUAAAGCGGUGACCCGGCGUCCGUCAGUCGCUGGUUGACCUUCGUGCCUUGACGAGCUUUACUCCAUUCUCUUUCUUCACCUCUUGAGUGAGUGGCCAUGAGCUGGGCUGCAAGUGUUCUGCGGAGCAGCCAGAGAGCGGGCGCCGCGGGAGCGGGUUGUUUUUGCCCAAGGAUGGCUCCGUGUCUCCGCCAGGCGGUUUCCAGGAUGGCAACUGUCAAGGGUGAACUUGUUAAGAAUGUCGCUGAAGAGAAGGCCAUUCAUCACAAUAAGAUCUCCAUUGUAGGAAGUGGAUCGGUUGGUGUGGCUUGUGCUAUCAGCAUCUUAUUAAAAGGUUUGAGUGAUGAACUUGUCCUUGUGGAUGAUGAUGAAGGCAAACUGAAGGGUGAGACAAUGGAUCUUCAACAUGGCAGCUCCUUUAUGAAAAUGCCAAAAAUUGUCUCCAGCAAAGAUUACCUGGUCACUGCAAACUCCAAUCUAGUUAUUAUCACGGCAGGUGCACGCCAGAAAAAAGGAGAAACACGCCUUGAUUUAGUCCAGCGAAAUGUGUCCAUCUUUAAAUUAAUAAUUCCCAGUAUUACCCAAUACAGUCCUCACUGCAAACUGCUUAUUGUUACUAAUCCAGUGGAUAUCUUAACUUACGUAGCCUGGAAACUGAGUGCAUUUCCCAAAAACCGUGUUAUUGGAAGUGGCUGUAAUCUGGACUCUGCUCGUUUUCGUUACUUUAUUGGGCAAAGGCUUGGCAUCCACUCUGAAAGCUGUCAUGGGCUGGUCCUCGGAGAGCACGGUGACUCAAGUGUUCCUGUGUGGAGUGGUGUGAACAUUGCUGGUGUCCCUCUGAAGGAUCUGAACCCAGAUAUAGGAACUGAUAAAGAUCCUGAGCAGUGGGAAAAUGUCCACAAACAAGUGGUUUCUAGUGGCUAUGAGAUGCUCAAAAUGAAAGGUUAUACUUCUUGGGGCAUUAGCCUAUCUGUUGCUGAUUUAACAGAAAGUAUUUUGAAGAAUCUUAGGAGAGUGCAUCCAGUUUCUACCCUAAGUAAGGGCUUCUAUGGAAUAAGUGAAGAAAUAUUCCUUAGUGUCCCAUGUAUCCUGGGAGAGAAUGGUAUCGCAGACCUUAUAAAAGUAAAACUGACACUUGAAGAGGAGGCCUGCUUGCAAAAGAGUGCAGAAAUACUUUGGGAAAUUCAGAAGGAGCUCAAGCUUUAAAGUUGCUUAAAGCUACCAUUCUGUAGACUGAAGAUGAAAUAGUCAUUAUGGAAUUGUAUAUGUCAAACUUUUGAAUAAAUUUGAAUUCUACAAGUUGGAAAAAUAGAGGAAAGUGAUCUAUUUCGUGUAGCCUUCCAGCUUUUUUCUUUUUUUUUGGGUCUAAUUCUGUCACCCAGGCUGGAGUGGCACAAUCACAGCUCACCGCAACCUCAACCUCCCAAGCUCAGGUGAGCCCCCCACCUCAGCCUCCAGAGUAGGUGGGACCACAUGCAUCUGCCUCUAUCCCUAGCUAAUUUUUUUUUUUUGGUAGAGAUGGGGUUUUGCCAUGUUGUCCAAGCUGGUUUGAACUUCCAAAGUGCUGGGAUUACAGGGGUGAGUCACUGGGCCUGGCCUUAGCUCUUUUAGUAUCCAGAUGAUGGAUGACACUUUUUAAGUAAUGGCAUGAAAGAUGU